UUAUGGUUUAUUUAGUCUGAUUUGAAUUUAAUUGGUGAAAAUAAUAGGAAAUGUGUAAUGUGCCGUCUAAACAAACGACGUCGUUUCCCACAUUGAUAUUGUUUUUUGUAGUACGUUCUCCAUUUCUCCGAACAUCCAGAAGGGGAAAGAAAUCGAGACUAAACGCAACAGGAGAAAAGAACAAUCAGUUCUAUACAGCCCGGAUCAAAUUCAAAAUGUCGGCGCUUUUCAAUUUCCAUUCGUUUUUGACGGUGGUGCUGCUUGUGAUUUGCACUUGCACUUAUGUGAAGAUGCAAUUUCCCACUAUUCUCGAACAGAAAACUGGGUUUCGGGGAUUCUUUUGGAAGGCAGCCAGAAUAGGUGAACGGUUGAGCCCUUGGGUGGCUGCAGGCUGCAUUACGAUGGGUGUAUCGAUACUUUUUUUCUGAGUUGGAUUUCAUUGGUACACUUGAAAUUACUAUAAUGAACAUAUGGAAUUCAAAAUGGGAUCUCUGAAAAGAUGGAAGGAUUAGGUUGCUGCAUCAGAUGAGAGUGUUGCUCCAGAGGCCUCUUUGCAGACCAUAGCAGUAUGAUGAGGUAAACUUGUAAACCAUUUUAGCUAGGAAGCAGGUAAGACGGUAAUAAUGUUUUUUUUUUUUUUUUUAAAGAUUGGAUUAAAAUGUUUCUUCAAGCUUUUAUGGAGCCCAAGUUUACAGUAAAAACAUAUUAUGAAUUUACUGCUGAUUCACUCUUGCUAUAGUAAUAAUGAAAGGUAGGUCCCUUUGAUUCCCUUUUUUUCUCAAGUUCCUGAAGCUCAUUGCUUGGUUCAGAUCAAAAUAUAUGUAUCGAUCACGACAUUUAAAAGACCGAACAAAAGAGACCUAACCUUUGGAUACUUCUUUUUGCUUUUUACAUGUUUCGUCUGGGUUCUUGUCUUAUUAUGUUUAUUGAAGUAAUGUGGCUGAUCCAACUAUGGGCAGCUGCAGCUACAAUAACUUUGGUCAUGUCUUAAACCUAGAAUAAGUUCUGCAUUUGUCACUUUCCUCGUACCAAAGAAUGUCUUCUCAAUUUAUUAUAUUGUUCUGUCGUGGUCAACAGUGAUGAAAGUUCCAUGAAUAAUGAACAUUAACUAAAGUUUGUUAGCGAGUCUUUGUUUAGGCACUGAAUGUUAUUUUUUUAUGCUGGCCUCCUUUGAUGUUUGCUGCUGAUGUAUAUAUAUUUGUCACUUAAUGAUUCCCCCAUUAUAUUUUUCCCCUUUAUAUAUUCAUUGAUUCCGUGCACAAAUUCUUCUAUAUAAUCCAACCAAAACAAAAGAUUUGAUAGGCAGCCAAAUGAAUCCUUCAGUGAAUAAACUGAAGACAAGAAUUAUAUUCAAGUGGCCCUGAUGUGCUGAGAUUCUAAUAGUAAUUUUAUCAAAUUUUUACAGUCAUAUCGAAGAAUUUGCUAAUUCCAGCAUCAGAUUGUUAUUAGCUGUAUGAUAUGAUCUGGUUGUCAGCACAAUCUGUAAAUAUUCUGUCCAACUUUUCCGCAAAACUAGAACUUUUUGUCCACCAUCACUCAGUUUCAUCUCCACUAUUUCUUUGCUUAGAGCAUGAAUGAAUAAACAUUAUGUGAAGUUAUUUUAUUGCAUUGUCAUUUGAACGGAAGGGUGAAAGUGAUGAAGUCACAAUUGCUUUUUCUAUACCAUCAAUACGCAAAAGCGAAGUUUCAAGUGGUUGCAUAUUCAGCCUCAACAAUGGCUUCAUCUUGGAGACAAGUGGGAUUAGUGGAUCAUUAUUUUUCCUUUUUCUAUCCAGGGGAGUAACAUGUAGUGACACAGAUCAUUUGAUUUUUUCCAACUUGUAGUUUAUACUUGCCUUUUUGAAGAUUUACUUCUCAACAAAAGGAAAGGGUCAUUUAAGCUCUCGGAUUUAGCUCUCUUUUAAUUUCUUUUGCCCUUUGUGGGCAAAUAGUUUAUGGUGUUGAUGCAAAAAAUCCUAGCAACGAGUAGGUAAGAUGGUUUGAUCUAAUGCAAGGGGAUGUCGAUUGAUUGCUCAGUGUUGUGAACUGAAUGAAUAGGGAGGCAAUUUUUAAGUUGUUCAGCUCCAUUAUUACAUUUUUGGGGAAUUUCAAGAAAAUAACUGUUCAAGUUACAAAAGCACUUCUGAAUAAAUUUGACAGUGGGAUUUUAAUCAGCAGAUAUUUAUAGUAUGUCACAAACGAAACUUAUGGUACGAUGAUGGUGUGUCGUUUGGUAACAUCAUGGCUUUGACCCACAGGGGACUGAUAGUUGAACAGAAAACUGUUACGGUUAACUUGAUAGAACUACCGUCUAAAACGUUCCAGUUUCAUUCAGACUGAAUUGAUAAUUAAAUCUCAAUCAAAUCAGUUCAAUAGACAAAUUUAAUCCAAUUCGGUUUUCUUAACCAUUUCAAAAACAAUUUUACUCUGUAUUCUUCCCGCUGACGCUGGGACUGUCCUGAGCUCGAAUCUUCGGAUCCAGCCCAAUUUAUAGAAAGUUGGAAACCUUCAGCAAACUCCCAGUUUGCCAAGCGACUUCAACAAACAACAGCUUAAAACAAAGUUAAAACAGAAAAA